CUCUGCACAUCCCCUCCCCGCCGCGCCUCGCUAACGGCGGCGGUGGCAGUGGCGGCUGUGGUGGCGGCGGCUCGUGGAGCCGGCGCGAGUCCAGCCCUCGCGGCGGGACCCGGGUCUUGACGAGCCCUGUCUGGGCCGAAGUGCGCGGAGAAUGGAAACGUGCGCUCAGCCAUGUCUCUGGGCCGCCUCCUUCGCAGGGCUUCCUCCAAGGCCUCGGACCUCCUGACCCUCACCACGGGGGGCAGCGUUGGGUCCCCCUCCAUCCUGGAUGGAGAGAUCAUCUACUCCAAGAACAAUGUGUGUGUGCAUGCACCUGAGGGGCUGCAGGGCCCUGGGGAGCACCACCCAGGGUACCUGUGCCUGUACAUGGAGAAAGAUGAGCUACUGGGGGCGACCCUCAUCCUGGCGUGGGUCCCCAACUCUCGCAUCCAGAGGCAGGACGAGGAGGCCCUACGCUACAUCACCCCCGAGAGCUCCCCCGUGCGCAAGGCACCCCGCCCUCGGCGGCGGCGCACCACGAGCCUGGGAGCCCCCUACCAACCCUCUCCCACAGAGCCAAGGCCUCCCCUGAUUCCCAAAGACGAGGACAUCCUGGUGGUGGUCCAGAACACCCAGGAUACUGUGCACAUCAGCCCUACAUCUGAAGAUGGGGAAAAGCCGGCCCAGGGCCCAGAGGUGGAUGGGCCCCUGCCCACGUCACAGCCUGUCCACAGUGACUCUGGGAUCCUGUCUGCAGUCAGCUCACAGGAUGGGACAGAGGAUGGCCGGGAGCCACGGCCUGAGGCCGUGGAGGAAGAGGGCUCCCUGGAGUUGUCUUUGGCUGAUGGCGUGAGCAGGGAUAGCUCCUUCGACUCUGACUCUGACGCCUUCUCUUCACCAUUCUGCCUCUCGCCCAUCAGUGCGGCCCUUGCGGAGGGGAACAGCUCUGCAUUCCUGGAGAGCGAGGGCAGCUCCCCCUCUAGCUCGGAUGCCAACCUGCGGUUCCCCGACAGCAAUGGCCUCCUGCAGACACCUCGCUGGGAUGAGCCACAGCGGGGAUGUGCCCUGGAGCAGAUCUGUGGUGUGUUCCGUGUGGACCUGGGCCACAUGCGCUCGCUGCGACUCUUCUUCAGUGACGAGGCUUGUACGAGCGGCCAGCUGGUGGUAGCCAGCCGAGAAAGCCAGUACAAGAUUUUUCACUUCCACCACGGUGGCCUGGACAAGCUCUCCGAGGUGUUCCAGCGAUGGAAAUUCUGCACGGAGACACACCUCAGGGACCAGCAGGUCACGGAUGAGAGGACAUGCAUGCAGUUCUCCAUCCGACGGCCCAAGCUGCCAUCCUCUGAGACCCACCCGGAAGAGAGCCUGUACCGGAGGCUGGACGUGUCCGCCUGGCUCAACCACCUGAAUGAUCUGGGCCAGGUGGAGGAGGAAUACAAGCUUCGCCAGGCCAUUUUCUUUGGUGGCAUUGAUGUGUCGAUCCGGGGGGAGGUCUGGCCUUUCCUGCUGCACUAUUAUAGCCACGAGUCCACAUCGGAGGAGCGCGAGGCGCUGCGGGAGCAGAAGCGAAAGGAAUAUGCAGCGAUCCAGCAAAAAAGGCUCUCCAUGACUCCUGAGGACCAGAGGGCCUUCUGGCGCAACGUGCAGUUCACUGUGGACAAAGACGUGGUCCGCACAGAUAGGAACAACCAGUUCUUCCGAGGGGAGGACAACCCGAACGUGGAGAGCAUGAGGAGGAUCCUGCUGAACUAUGCUGUGUACAACCCAGCCAUCGGCUACUCACAGGGCAUGUCAGACCUGGUGGCACCCAUCCUGGCUGAGGUCUUGGAUGAAUCAGACACUUUCUGGUGCUUCGUGGGUUUGAUGCAGAACACCAUCUUUGUUAGCUCUCCCCGGGACGAGGACAUGGAGAGACAGCUGCUGUACCUGCGGGAGCUGCUCCGGCUGACACACCAGCGCUUCUACCAGCACCUGGUCUCGCUGGGCGAGGACGGACUCCAGAUGCUCUUCUGCCACCGCUGGCUCCUGCUCUGCUUCAAACGGGAGUUUCCUGAGGCCGAGGCCCUGCGCAUCUGGGAGGCCUGCUGGGCCCACUACCAGACGGAUUACUUCCACCUGUUCAUCUGUGUGGCCAUUGUGGCCAUCUAUGGAGAUGAUGUCAUCGAGCAACAGCUGGCCACAGACCAGAUGCUUCUGCACUUUGGAAACCUGGCCAUGCAUAUGAAUGGAGAACUGGUCCUCAGGAAGGCCAGGAGUCUCCUGUACCAGUUCCGCCUUCUGCCACGGAUCCCCUGCAGCCUACAUGACCUGUGUAAGCUGUGUGGGACAGGCAUGUGGGACAGUGGGUACAUGCCAGCUGUGGAGUGUGCCGGCCACCACCCGGGCUCAGAGAACUGUCCCUAUGGGGGCACAAUGGAGAUGGCGUCACCCAAGCCUCCAAGAGAAGGCAAGAAGGGCCCUAAGGCACCGCGGGAGGCCUUUGGUUUCCGCAGAUAGGAAAGCCUCUGCCCUUGACACGGAGCAAGAGCAACUCCCUGAGGUCCUGGGCAAGUGGGAGGGGGUGGGGACGGACAUGGAGGGAACAGAAUCUAGAAAUACAAGGAAAGGCCUCUGGCCAGUGUGAAGAGAACCUUGUCACCAUGAUGACAGAAUCAGACUCUAGAAGUGACAGCAGGUAUCAGAUGUGCCGAGAACUCAGCUCCUGAAAGGCUGGCCCAGGAUGUCUGGCUACCGCACUGGAACACAGGCUGCUGGCUGGCUGGCUGGGGGACUCCAACAGAGCCCAGAGUCCCUCCACGAGGCUGCAGGCGAAGCAGGGUCUAGAAGAGGCUUCACCCUCACGCCAGCACCAAGGGGCACAGGGGAGCAGGACUGUCCUGAGUGAGUCAAGCAUAUUUCUGAAGCUUCCUGGUCACAGCUGUAAGACCGGUUUGAAGACACCAGUCCAAAAAAGAAAGAGAGGGAAGAGAGAGAGGGAGGGAGGGAGAGAAAGAGGGAGGGAGGGAGGGAGAGAGAGAGAGAGAGAGAGAGAGAGAGAGAGAGAGAGAGAGAGAGCAGAUGUUCAGACCUGAGCUUCCCACGGUGUCCAUGUGAUGUUGGGAAGGACAUGUCCACCCUGAGCCAGAGGCACGGGCUGGUGGACAAGUGUCAUAUGUACCUCCCACUGGGGUCCUCUCCUUAGGAUCUGAGGUUUUUCCCCUCUACCAAAAACAGCAACCAACUGGAGCCUAAACGGGUUGAGGGGUGUGGUAUGUGCAACCAUGAGGUCCUCUGAAGAUAAAAUGCUUAGUCCUGGAGAAGGGGGUACAUAAAUCCCCAGCCAAGACAGAGGCAUCUGAAAUAGCUGUGGAGGUGCCUCCCACCUCCAUGCAGGACCUGGGUCCCUGUUAUGCAGGGGUGCAUCUCUGCUGGCUGAGCAACACUGGGGUGCUCUGCCUCUUAAGAAGGAAAAGGUCAUCUCCACACUCCACCCUCUGAAGCUGAGGAUUGUGGUUGGAUAAAGGUGUGUUCCAGAGCAUUCCUAGCCAGUGUCCCAAAAGCUGGUGCAAGCAAGGAGCCUUGAACCCUCCACCAAGGGCUGAAUCCUUGUGGGAUGCAGCGGGCAGGGGUGGGCGGAGGUGCCCUGCCAUUGACUUUUCUCACCGACAGUGGCGCUGCAGGCCGGUGCCACGUUCAAAAGGAGCUGAUCAGAAUGGAAGAGGGGGUCUCAUACGGCCACUCCCCUUCUCCAUAGCCCGCCCCUUUUCCGAGGCAGGUUUGAGGAUGUGGGUCCUUCUAGGAAGAGCCUUUGGUCGAGAGUGUCCUGAUCUUGGGGGUACUGUCCAUGAUGAGCAACAGUGAAGUCCUGAGAGGGGCCUUUUUAUCCGACUUCCUUUCUGUUCUAGCUCCUGACCUUUCUGGAAGCUAGGGCCACACACAGGCACAUCCGCUGUCCUGCACCACAGUGACAGUAUAUGGGGCACAGCCUCAGUGGCAGAACCAAGCUGGCACACACAGCUUUGGGGCAGCAGUCUAGGCUGGGUGGUUCUGGUCUUGGAUAGGAUUGCUCACUCUCUUCUGGGGUUACCACCUCUGAAGUCCCGGUGGGGGCGUGUGGCAGCACUGGCCUCUGGGUCUUGGGUCACCCCCUGAUGGUAGAGGCAGGAACGUGCAGUGUUUUUCUAAGUGUUGGUGGAUACCGCACUCGCUGACCACCUGAGGCAAAGCAGGAAGCCACGAUGUUGAGGAAGCGAGCUCUCGUCUCUGGGCUUCUCUCAGCAGUCACAUAGCAGAAGCCUAGUAAUUCAGAGGGGUCCUGUCUGCCUACCACCCCAGGAAAUCUAGAUACAGAUCACUCCUUUCCCAGGGAGUAGGAGCCAGCUCCUACCCUCCCCACCCCAAGAUCACACUCCUGGGCUGCACCCCAUCUCCUUCCCAUCCACUCUGCUGUGUUGGGGAGGGGACAUAGGGAGCAGUCACCCUGGAGAGUCUCAGUUAGAGAGCAAGGAUCUCUAGCUCCCAUUGCUCCCCAAGACCUGACCCAGAACGGUCAGCGGCAGCCUUGUGCCAGGUGUCCCCCCCGUCCCGUGGACGACUGGAUCCUGGUGUUACCUGCAGCAUUAAGCCAGCUGGGGCCUCUGCAGCCGGACGGACGUGGUGUGUGGGCUCCCUGAGCCCUGCUCUGCGCUGAGGCGUGGGGAGGCCCCGCACACGGAGCACAGCAGCCUUAAUCUGGAUGCAAUUAGAGGAGACCAGCCAAAUACCCUGUGGCAGCUGUUACCCCAGGAUUAUUCCCAGCCAGCAAAAGGCAUUAGGGUGAUAAUUCAGUCAUUAGACUUCUAGCCUUCCCACCGCCAGGACAUACAAAUCACGGGUAAUCAGCCCGCACACCAUCCCUUGGCCACGAGGCUUCUUUCGCCCAUUUUUUUAAAAUGACACUUCACGCUGUUGACCAGCGCGCCUGUGUGCUUAUGCCCUACCACUAAUGUCUGUGCCGGCGACAUUGCCUAAUGUCACCGGGGCUCUGGUAGAGAAGGACACCUUUGAAGUGUGCGUGUGUGCCAGCACUGGUGAGGCAUGAUGCCUACCUUGGAAAGGGCUACUCAUUUCUGACUCACUCUCCAAGUAGAGGGGACAGUGUUGGGGGAGGGGGGUGGAAGCAAGAGGAGAUGUCGGGGUUGGAGUAGAAUGUGUGCUCCUCCGCCUGGGCCAGGGUCCUCACUGGGUACAGAGAAGACGCUGCUUCCCCAGAGUGUUCCACCUCAAGUGCCAGCCAGGAGGCCUGGCCCGCCUCUGUAGAUGGAGCUUUGUGGUUCCUGACCAACCGGGGUCAGGGAGGGGAGCAGGUUAAAUUCAGGAGGGCAAGAUUUUGGUCUUGGCUUCUGAGUCUUUGCUCCAAGUGGUGUGAAGCCCUUGCUGCACAGGAGGACAGCAGCCCAAAGAGGGUCUCCUGGAGCUGGUGCCUUUGGUGGCCCUGGGCACGGAGAGAGGAUGCUAAUAGGAAAUGGGGAGAGGGUUGCAGGCUGGAUCCGGGGCCGGCUCCUAAAACGUUCCCCUGCCCUCUUGCCUGUAUUCCUGUUUUGUUUCUGCUGUGCCAAGGGGGCAGUCGGUGGGACGUGGGGCCCACACUCAUGCUAGGCACGUGUGCUGCCCCACUGAGCACACGCCCAGCCCAUCUGCUUCAUGUGUGACAAAAUUAACUCAGAUGGAGAUCAGCCCCACAGUGCCAGGAGCCCAUCCACCUGUGGCCUCCACUGUGUAGGCUCCUUCCGCUGUAGUCGGGCUGGGGUUGUCAGGGACACCCGGGGCUGGCCAGACGGAGGGAGGGGCCUGGCAGAGGUCCCUGGAGGCCACCCUGCCCAGGAGGGAGAAAGAUGGCAAGUCCCCUGGAAAACUUAUGCAGGAGUAUAGCCUGGGUUAGAGGUGUGCUACCAAGGGGGACACAAGGAAGCUGGCUAGCCUGAGGCUAGACCUGCCAGAUCCCUGGAGUCCCUGAAGAGCUGAGCAGCCUCUGGACAUUCGUCUUGUGUUUCUAAAGAGGUUGUGUUGCAUUUUGUCCUGGGCUAACCUGGACUAGAGGGAACCACCCCAAACCACCCCAGAGCUUCCCUGGCAGGGAGUGAAGGGUUCCCCUAAGCCAUUUCCUUGCCCAUAAACGGAGAGCCAGGCUCCUUCAAAAGACUGUCUGGGGACUUUGAUGUAAAGGCUGCCACAGGGGUGCCCAGGGACCUCACCUGCCACUCAGGGAAGAGCCCACUGGCCUUAGCCUUCCGCAGCAGUGACCAAGAGAGGCUAUCUGCUCCCAUCGAGUGCUCUCCCUGGAGUCAGCAAACCCAUGCCUCUCCCAUGCAUCCACCUUUCUGUGUGUCCUCUGCAGAGGGCAAACCUCUGUACCUCCUCUGAAAUUCACUCUGUGCCACCCACGCCCACCCUGAAGAAAAGUGAGCCACAAAGCCACCUCAGCGGUCUUGGCCUGCGCCUGUCUGUGUGCAUGUGCUCGUCUGUGGACGGCCUGGCCCACAGCGGGGAAGAUCCUUCCGUGAGGACUCUGCACUUCCUGAACAGCCGCAUGCAGAUGCCCACCACCUCCGUUCAGUUCCAGGUGGGAGGCUGGCCUUUCAGGUUCGCAGAGGUCAAGUCACAUGACUGUCUCUCUUCCACACUUUGAAGAUAAGGAAGAGAGCUUUUUGUGUAUUUUGUUUUGUUUUUAAAGUAAUGAAAUAUCCCCAUUGCCGAUGUCUACGGCAAGUGAUCGUUUCUCUGAUGUGUUUUGUUUUUUUAAGCAGUUUCCUUCCGAUCAAGGUCAGGGCUGGUCACAUGAUCCUUGUGAAUCAUGACUCUCAUGGAUUCCACACAAAGUAAAUAAAAUAGUAUUGCCAUACA